AUGAAUGUGGGGAACAUAAGCAAAGACGGCACGCUUUUCCUAAAUCGUUUACCACGCGGGGGUGACUAUGUAUUUCGCUGCACUGUCUAUUGCACGUGUGAGAAUGAGGAAACGAGCAGCAACGCACAAAUAUCCAUCUACAUUGAAUCGGAGCUGGAUGUGGGGGAGGAGGAUAGAUCUGAGGGAACUGCUCGAUUCAGAGAACCAGAAGGAGAGAUCGGUGUGGAACAAUCAGAGAAUGAACGCGAGUUGCACAAGAUUUCUGAAAUCCUUAGUGACCCGGCAGCUGGACUGGACCUGCUUGAUUCCAAAGAAAAGCAGCUACUGAAAGAAAAGCUCAGUUCGCUGCUUGAUCGUUCUGACGGAAAGAGUCCACUGACUCCAACAGAUGAAUGGGAACUAAGGAACCAACUAGAAUCAUUAGUCCCCAGGGGAGGUGGACAACCUUCGGAUAGUCCAGGAGGAAACCGGCUGCUCCGACAGCUACUCAACGAGUUGACCGUCACAGAA